AUGGAAACAUCAAAUCUUCCCACCAGCCACAACCAAGAAAAUGGAGGAAUCUCUCAUCAUAUUAUCAGAAUCCCAGAAGAAGAUCAAGAAUGGUUAGCUUCAGUGGAAAAGAAGAUACAAGAAAUGCCAAAGCUGUUGAGCAAAUCAGCAGGUGGGAGUUCCUGUUGCAUUUUUAGAGUGCCUCAAAGUCUCGUUGAAAUUAACAAGAAGGCUUAUCAACCCCAUAUAGUCUCCAUCGGACCCUACCACCAUGGAAAAGAACACCUCAAGAUGAUUCAAGAACACAAGUGGCGAUUUCUUGGUGCUGUUCUUGCUCGAACACAAAAGCAUGGUGUUGGCCUCACUGACAUGUUUAAAGCCAUAGCAUCAAUGGAGAAGAGGAUAAGAGAAUGUUAUUCUGAAACUAUUGAAUAUAGCAGCCAUGAUUUCAUUGAAAUGAUGGUGCUGGAUGGAUGUUUUGUGAUCGAACUUUUCUGCAUAGUUGGAAGGUUAGUUCAGACUGAUCUUGAUGACCCCAUAUUCAAUAUGUCUUGGCUGUUGUAUUUUCUUAUGAGGGAUUUUCUCAGGCUGGAGAACCAAAUUCCUUUCUUUGUUCUUCAAACAUUGUUUGAGCUAUCAAUUUUAGCUUCCAGAAGGGAAAACAUUCCCUCCUUGACAGAACUCACCCUGGGAUUCUUUGAUUAUGUGGUUCAGAGACCAACUGAAGUCCUAGAUAGGUAUAAUAACGUUAAUGGGAAACAUUUACUAGAUUUGUUUCGCUUAACUUUCAUCCCUCCAUCACAAGAAGUGCCUAGAAAGAUUAGUCCAUUUCUUCAAUUGAUUCAAUCUGCCAAAAAGCUUCAUCUUGCUGGAAUCCAGUUCAAGCCAAGGGAGACUGGAACCUUCUUGGACAUUAAAUUUAGUCAUGGAAUCCUCGAAAUCCCUCCUUUAACAAUUGACGAUUUCACUAGCUCUUUCUUGCUCAAUUGUGUAGCAUUUGAGCAAUGCUAUAGUCAUUGCUCAAAGCACAUUACUACUUAUAUUACCUUCAUGAGCUGCCUGAUCAACGCACCGAUUGAUGCAGGGUUCUUAAGUGAUAAUGGAAUCAUUGAGAAUUACUUUGGAACUGAUACGGAAGUUGCAAAAUUCUUUAACAACAUUGGCAAGGACAUUGCUUUUGAUAUCCAGAGAAGUUAUCUAGCGAAAUUGUUCGAGGAUGUGAAUGAAUAUUACAGGAACAAUUGGCAUGUGAGAUGGGCAGGAUUCAAGUACACUUAUUUCAACACACCAUGGUCAUUCAUGUCAGCCUUAGCUGCACUUAUCCUCCUCAUCCUCACCAUUAUUCAGGCGUUCUUUGCUGUCUACGGAUAUGCCCAUCCUCCUAACAAUGGGCAUUGAUCAUGUCAUCUGAUUACAGGAUCAUCAACUUGCAGAUUUCAAGUGUUAGUUCUUUCUUCUGCAAGAUAUUGCUGUAAUAUGCUAAUAU